AAAUUCCCCAAAAAUUACUAUUUGUCAAAUUCCAAAGUUGAUCUGCCUUUUCGGGAGAUUAUCACCUUAUUUUAGCUUCUCUAAACCAAUUAUCAACAAAAAUGUUGAACACUCAAAUCUUGUCGGGGCUUAAAUCGUCUGUCCGCACUGCCAUCCACAGUCGCAACAUCGGAAUCUUGGCCCCGUGCUUACAGAAAGCCAGCGACCCAAUUCAACAGUUGUUUGUCGACAAAAUCAGGGAGUACAAGUCAAAAAGCUCUGGUGGCAAGUUGGUGGAGCCCACUAAAGAAUUGGAGAAAGAGUUGAAAACUGAAUUGGAAAAGGUGGCAAAGCAGUAUGGCGGUGGUUCCGGCGAAGACAUGACCAAGUUCCCCACCUUCAAAUUCACAGAGCCCACCAUUGACCCAAUCAACAUGGAGAAGUAGAUGGGAUUCUAAAAUCUCUGUCUUUGUUAUAUAAUGCCUAGUUAAAUACAUUAAAUAAGUACAACAAAAAAGAGUUUAUUUUAAUAACUGCAUGAAUAUAAUAAUAAAUAUCAGAAUCACAUUUUAAAUUU